AUGGAACUCGACAUCCUCCAAGGACAUCCCACCGCCGCGAUCAAGGUGCUGAUAAUGUUCGCUCAACUGCUAAUCGCUGAGCUAAUAAUGGUUCAAUGUGGUGGAAAGAAGAAGGGCGCGGCCGCUCCUGGUACUGCUCCGGCUGCUGGUGCUGCUCCAGCUGCUGGUGCUGCUCCAGCACCUAGUGGUGAAAAGAAGGAAGCCGAGGCCGAGAAGAAGGAAGGCGACGGCGAGAAGAAAGAGGAAUGA